UCCCUGCAUACCAGUUUAAACGGUCGGCUCUAGCUUCUGCUGGUUAAGAGGGAAAAGCAGUUGACAGCUUCUUUUUCAUAAAAGAAGCUCCGUAAUUCUUCGUAGCUUUUUAUUUAUUUUGUUGCUUAUAUCUAUUUGACCACCUUCGGCUUUGGCGAAUGUCAGAGAGCUCUAGGGAUCGAAGGUCAUGUUCCCAGCGUCCCUGGCAUUGAGAUGGGUGCAAGGAUUCCCCAAGCAGAAUAUUGAUUUUAUCAACAACAACACAAUUUGCUAUCCUUGUGGGAAUUACAUAAUUUUCAUUAAUGUUGAAACUGGGAAAAGAACUUUUCUAUCGUGUAAGCAAGGAAAAGUGGGUGCUAUGAAAACUUACAGUCCUUUUCAAGUGGUGGCUUUUUCAGAUAGGAGGCUUAAACCCUCUAUCUACAUAUUCAACUUUCCUGAAUUGACAAGAAAGGUAAAAUUAAAAGGGCAUGCUCAGCUGGACUAUACUUUACUUGAAUUUAGUCAUUGUGGUACAUACCUGGCUUCUUAUUCUGCAGUUCCAGAAUACGAACUGACCCUUUGGAACUGGGAAGGAAAUGUUAUUUUGUGUAGUAGAUCACAACCAGGUGUGGAAGUAAGCCAGAUGACUUUUAAUCCCAUGACCUGGACCCAAAUGUGCUUGUCCAGUGCAAGUGCUCUAACUGUAUGGAAUAUUGAAAGAUGUGACAAGGAUUAUCAUCUCAAGCCAAAGCCAGUAAUCCUACCUGAAGAAGAUGGAACAAGUACUUAUGAAACAGAUGGAAUGUUCUCUUACCCAGAAUUUAAAGAUAAUAUCUAUGGAGCUACACUAAUAAUUUCUUCCAUUGCUGGGCUAGUUGGUGUAGAAGCAGAAACUUUCAAGCCUAAAGAUGAUAUGCAUCCCCUUCUUCAUCCUACUGUACACUGUUGGAAUGCAGCAAAUGAAAUAUAUGUGGGCUGUGAAGAAGGUCAGAUUCUAUUGGUAAAUGGAGAAAAUCAAUUUGUUACUAUCCUGACUCGGCAUGCUGACGUACCACAAGAUAAUUUAUUUACCUUGAUGCCAUCAUCCAUAAUGACACCUGAAGAAAAGUGGACACACAGAGAAAUCCAUUCUAGUGAUACCAGUGUUAACACAAUGGCAUUGCACAAAGAAGGAUUAUUUGUUGCUGGAAAUGAUGGUAUUGUACAUUCUUUUUCUAUCAAAGAAACAAGUUACACAGUAAAAGACCAUUUUGAUGUGCAAGAACCUGUAGGAAAUGUUAUUUUCUCUCCUAAUUAUCAACUGUUGCUGAUUGUAACUAUUAAGGGUUCUAUUUAUACCUAUAAUUUUGGUAAAGAAUCAACAAUUGAAACAAUCUUGGAUGCAUCUGCUGGCAAUAUACAAGCAAUUGACUUUAUCACACCUGGAAACAAAUACUGCAUGUCAAUAACCAUGUUAGGAGAAUUCUAUAUUUGGUUGUUAGAGGAUGGAUCUCAUGUCAGCAAAUUACACCUUAGGACUGAGGUAAAUGAUAUGGCUUGCUGCCCCUCCUCGCAUUCAGUUGCUGUGGGAACCAAUGCAGGAUAUAUCCAGUUUCUUGAUGUUACUAAUACUAAAUUCCCUCAAGUUGUUCAUAAAGUCCUCCUGACCCAUUCUGCAAUACAGCAUGUGUGUUAUGAUCAAAAUGGACAAUAUUUGAUAACUGGAACUUCUGAUGGUUAUAUCUUCUUUUUAAAUGCCAAACCUUCACAGUCAUUUAAAGUUCUUGGAUUCACAGAAGUGAGUAAUAACAUUAUACAAAUAUCUAUAGUCUCCAAUCCUGAAUUGCAGCUAUUGGAAGUAAUGGUGCUACUUGGGACUUCAAACAGUGAAAAAAGGACAGUGGAAAUAUUAACUCUGUAUAAAGCAAACUUAGCAGACCCUGACAUUUGUUCUGAUGAAAGAGGGAGGAUAAAGGAUAACAUCAUUAAGAGGAAGCUAUAUGAAAUAAAUCAUCCUCUAACCUCAGCUAUCUUCAGUUUCGUCGGUGAUGAAUUUUAUGGCUUCUGUGGCCAUGUGCCAUAUAUCUGUAGCUAUCAUAUUCCUCAAAAGGAUGACAAACCUGUAGUUCUUGAUCCAAAGAUCAAAAUGCAAAGCAAACAUUUUGGAACUGGAAAGUUGUACCUAUCAGCUCAUGGCAAGUGGCUAGCAUCAAUAGCCAAAGAUGGAAUACUGAGUAUCCGCCAUGUUGAAAAUCUGGAAACAUUUGCUCAGAUUCAAAGCCAUUCUUACCAAGGACAAGGAAUUCAAUCAAUGGCAUUUUCAUUUGAUGGUCAUUUCAUACUAGUGAAUGGUAGAGAAGAUGGUAGCCUUGUUUGUCUGUCAUGGAAGAAGCUAACAGUUCCUCUCGUUCGAGAAGCUAUUGGGCAUUUUAGUUCCCUAAUAAACUCUCUGAAGAACAGCAUUGCAAAGGAAAAAUUAUUCUUAGAAGACAUGAGAGAGAAAGAGUUGAUUUUGGAUUCGGUUUCUGAACAAUCAGUUGAGGCAAUUUACAAAGUGAAAUCAAAUAUUUCAUUUUCACAAGAUGAAUAUGCAGGCAUUUCAGAGGGAAUCAAUGAACAGGAAAUUACCUGGCUAGAAAAAAAAAACAAUGAGGCCAUGAAAAAAGAAAUUAAGGAAUUUGGUGGAAAAAAGAAAGAGCUAAAACAAGCAAUUAAAGUGCUGAUUAAAACUGUCGAGGAACUGAUGAAAGAAAAUGAUUUGGCAUCUGAAAUUGCACAACUAACACUCCAAGAAUUUAGCCUAGAUGUUGAAGAAAUGAAAAAACUUCAUGAUGAAAAUGAAAAAGAAAUAGAAAAGAUAAGAAAGGAUGCAGAAAUGGAAAAUCUAGCUAAGAAAUUUUUAUGGAACAUUUUAAAAGAGGAAUGCUGGGAUUCCAUGAACAUAAAAGGUCAAGGACUUAAGGCCUUUCAUAUUCCUUUGGAAGUCAAGAAUUUUCCAAUGAAAAAUCGAACUCCAGAAGAGUUGGAAGAAUUGAAUUCAGUUUUACAGAUGAAGAAUUUUCAAGCAAUUGACCUUAAACUGCAAAAGGAAAUUGUAGAUGUUCAUCUCACAGAGUCUAUGACCAGUAAGCCACUGGAAGAGGAGGAAGAGGAAGAGGAGGAAGUAGUUAAAAGUGAAGACAACUUAUCCUUUAAUCUACUUGGAAGUUUAUUUUUAAACUUUGGUAUACAAAUGGGCAUGUUGACUAGCCAACUGGAACUUUAUACCAGAGAUGAGAAAAUCAAUCAGAUUAUAUUAUUGAAGGACAUUAUUUACAGGAUUAAAACCAUUUUUAAUAAUGAGUUUUAUGCUGCCUUUCAACAAAAAAAGUUGGAAAUAAAACGUGUGAAGGAGAAAAAUGUAAGAAUUAGAGAAAUCAUCAGGGAUCUACAACUUGGAGAAGAGGUCUGGGAACCAAACAUAGAAGACUGUGAGAAGCCAGCAAUCGUUCUAAAAGUGGAGGAUUCUGAGAUUAAAUGUGAAAAAUACCUUACUCCAUGGGAAAAAGAACAAGCAGCAAAAGCUGCAGCCCUGGAAUUAGAACGACAACUUUUAGCUCAGAGAGAUGAUGACAGACGUCGAGGUUUAAUGGACAUGAUGCAUGGAGUUUUGGAAAUCAAGAAAGAAGAUAUUUUGAAGAUGGAAAUUCCUCUGCCUGAAUUUGCAAAAAGUAAAAUAGAUGCUAUAUGGACUGAAGAAGAAAGGAAACAAUUCAAAGAAUAUGAGAAAAAAGUUAAAGAAUUAAAUGAUGAAAAAGAAAAGUAUAAAAAGGCUUUGGAAGCUGAAUUGAAGAAGAUUCAAGGCUCUAUUCAAGAAGCAACACAAACUUUUGAUGAUAAUUUAAAAAAACUCUUUGAAAGGAAAGUGGAAGCAGACAUGGUUGUCUACCAGGAGGAAUUACAAAUAAUCAACCUCAUUUUCUCUUUACUCUUGGAUGAAGAAUUAAAUACAAGGGAAUUAGGACUGAACAACUCCCUUGAAAGGAAACAGGCUGAGAAAAAAAGAACAGCUAAGGAAGUCUUCAGGGCCCGAGAAGAGGUUGAUUCAUUCAGAGAAAGCUAUGACAAUUUAGUUGCAGAGGACAAAGUUGUGGACCGUGGAUUUAAAAAAGAGUUAGCUGAACUUUGUAGUCAACAUGUUGAAAUACUCUACAGACUCUUUAGACGCCGACCAAGGUUGCCAAGGCAUAAAGCACAUGUAGAGAGUAAUAGUCCUUUCAGCAUUCGGUUAGAAUCUGACAGACUUAAGAAGGAUCACUUUUCCAAAAUCAUGGAAGCCAUGGAUGAAUUGGAUAAGCCUGAACAUAUGCCAGAGGGCUUAGAACCUUCAGCCUGGAAAUAUUUCUGUGCUGCAAGACGAACUAAACUAGAAAAUGAACAUAAGGUAAAGCAGAAAGCUGCUGGUUUGCUGGAAAUACAGGGCUUCCUCCAGAGGAGAAUUGAGGAGGAUGAAAAGAUUCAAAUGGACAUUGACAAAAUUUUCCAGGAAAUCUAUACAUUACAGAGGGAUAAAACUAAUCAUCAGACAGAUUUGACAAUUCAAAUCAUCCUUAAACAAGGGCAAGUGGAAACAGAAAAUUUCCAUUUUAUGUUAGAAUUCACAGAUUGUGUUCUUGUUAGCAGGAAUAUAAUUGAGGAACUGAAUAACAUAAUUCGGGUCCAAGGUCAAAGGAAAAUUGCCAGCAUGUUAGAAAAUAAAAAAUAUCAUAAAGGAAUAAUUCAGAUUGAUUGGGAACAUAAAAAAAUGGUUAUGGAAAUGGAAGAUCUAAACAAAAAGGCUUGGGAUAUUCAGAAGCUGUUUUUUUCAAAAGCUCAUCAGAGGUACCUAAAAGAACAGGAUUAUGAUCUCAUGAUUGGCAACCAGACUUCGCUAAUGGAGCAGACUAUUGCUGUUUUAGAUAAAAAGCACAAAAGAGAUAUGGAAACCUAUGCACAACUAUUCAAGAAACUGAAAAGAACUGUCAGCCAAAAAGAUACAGCAAAUUACAUUCUAAGUUGCAAUUUACACGAAGAGCUGGUGUGUAUCACUGAAAGAAAAUACAUCUGUCAUAAAAUUGCACCUAAGCUAACCUGGGAAAUAAUUGCCAAGCAACGUUAUGAGGCUGUAUUACAACAACAAAAGCUAAUCGAUAUUUCGAAAGAGCAGUAUGAACAAAUUUCAAUUUUGCAGGCAGAGGUUGAAAGAUUAAGAAUGAAAACAUUUCCUGCACUUAUUCAAAUGUAGAAAUACCAGCAACAUUUGUGAGGCAGAAGAUAUCAGAUAUCAUGAAGAAAUCUGUUCUCAGGCAUUUGAAAUUUCUUUUCUUCAGUGAGAGAACUAAGUAGCUUCUUUUCCCCCUUUAAAACCUGCCCUUAAUACAAAUUUUUUAGCUCCUCCCAAAGGAUUGUAAAAAUGUAAAUUUUGUGCUUAACAAAUAAAAGUGUUAAAUAUUA